UGCUUGACAGAGAAGAUGUCUCUUCAGAUGAUACCAACUAUUAACAACUCUUCCCUGAUCCAACCAGGAUUUUCUUUGCUGAACUUCAAUGGCCAAGUUUUCUUGUUUGGACAGAAAGGCUGGCCAAAGAGGUCCUGUCCUACUGGGGUUUUCCUUCUUGAUUUCAAAAAGGAUGAGCUCAAACUGAGGCCAGCGUCCUUCUCCAAAGAUUCCUGCUACCUUCCCCCUUUGCGUUACCCUGCGGUCUGCACAAUGAAAAGCAGUACGGAGGCUGAGAAAGGCCAGUACAUCAUCCAUGGAGGGAAAAAUCCAAACAAUGAACUUUCUGAUAAAUUGUACAUCAUGAACAUAGCAAGCAAAACUAGCAAGAAAUCCACCUUUAGAUGCAUUGAGAAGGAAUUGGUUGGAGAGAUCCCUGAAGCUAGAUACGGCCAUACAGUUGAUGUGGUUUAUAAUCAAGGGAAAAAAAUGAUUGUUAUAGUGGGAGGGAGGUCAUACAUGGCUCUUGGACAAAGGACCACAGAAAACUGGAACAGAGUGGUCGACUGCAUGCCACAGAUUUUUCUGGUUGACCCUGAGUUUGGAUGCUGUACUUCAUACGUUCUCUCAGAACUUCAGAGUGGAUUCUCUUUUCAUCUCUCCCUUGCCAGAAAUGAUACCAUCUACAUCAUAGGGGGCCAUUCCAUUGAAACUAACACCAGACCUCCAAACCUCUAUAAGAUAAAAAUUGAUCUCCCCAUAGGCAGCCCGGCUGUGAACUGCUGUGUCUUGUCUGGGGGGAUUUCGGUUUCCAGCGCCAUUGUGUCACAGGUGAAAGAAAAUGAAUUUGUCAUUGUUGGGGGUUACCAUUCUGACAACCAGAAAAGAAUGGUUUGUAAUACAAUAAACCUAGAAGAUAACAAGAUAGUGAUAAUGGGAAGGGAGGCACCAGAAUGGACCCCAGAUAUCAAGCACUGCAAGAUAUGGUUUGGGAGUGAUAUGGGAAAUGGAAUUGUACUGCUCGGUAUACCAGGGGACAACAGGCAGUUAAAUUUAGAUGCAAAUUAUUUUUAUAUGUUGAGAUGCAAAGAAGUAGGAGAAAGUGAGCAGGACUCUGAAGAGAUGACCCAAGUAUGCAGUCAAAGUUCUACAGAAGAUCCAGGAGAUUCCACUCCUUUUGAAGAUUCAGAGGAAUUUUCUUUCAGCUUUGACAGUAUCAGCUAUAUUGAUACUCAUAAUGAAGAUGAUGAAGAAGAUGAGUCAGAAGGCUACUGGAUCACCUGCUCUAAAAGCUGUGAUGUUGAUAUCAAUACCUGGGUGCCCUUCUACUCAACAGAGCUCAACAAGCCAGCAAUGAUCUUCUGUUCAAAUGGAGACGGCCAUUGGGUCCAUGCCCAAUGCAUGGAACUGUCUGAGAACAUGUUGCUUCACCUUUCUCAGGUAAAUGUCAAAUACUUCUGCAAUGAACAUGUACCUUUCACCAGGGAUCUGCAAACUCCCAAGGAGAAGAUACCAGUGGAAAAGCAACCAAUGAAAGCAUUGCGCAGGAGAACCCCCAUGAAGAUAGCCACUCCUAUGAAAAAGUCCUUUAUCCGAAAACUAUUUGAAUAGGUUCA